AUGGCCCGUGCUCCGCGUUACGCAGGCAGCGAUGACGAAUACCUCUCCGAGGAUGAGGAACUGUCAGACAGUGACCUGAAUAUGUUAAACACGGACUACAAUGUACAGCGAGACUUGACCUAUUAUUCUCCUCGUGGCCACCUGCAACAAUCCUCUUCACCGACUUAUGACCUUCCCACGAUGCCCGAAAAGUAUGAGGAAGACCCCGAAGCCCUCGACACCACGAGCAUUCCUAUACGAGAUGCCUCCCUCAGAUACAGAGAUUCAAUGUAUUGUAACGAUCAGCUCGACUACUACCUUCUUCCACAUCGCAUUCCAACUCGAAAGUCACACGCCUAUCCACAUCAAUUCCCCCGACCACGACGCCGGCCCCUCAUUGAUUACAUCAAGAACGAGUGGCAGCAAUCUGCCCUAAACUCCUCAUCUCCCACAUCUGAUCACUACGACCAGCCAGACUGGAUGCAGAUAUUCUUCGCCCCACGUUUCCAGCGCAGUGCCUUGGUCUUGGUAUUAUGCUUGUUCUUGUUAUGGGGCAAUUGGUGGACUUGGGCUGGCCCCAAGAUUAGUGAGCAAUAUGGUCUUCGCCAGUCAACAAAAGAGAGAAUGCAGUAUGCUGAAGGCUGGUUUGGAGCAAAUCUAAGGCCAGACUUUGUCGGCAUGAAGCAUGUCGAACAGCUUGACGACGAACUCGUGCCUGGCAUUGAUGGCAAAGCGCCCGGACAUCGGCGACUAGUUGUCAUUGGCGACGUUCAUGGAUGUGCCGAAGAGCUGGAGGCGCUCCUUGGAGAAGCUCGAUAUUCAACCAACACCGACCAUCUCAUUUUUACCGGCGAUCUCAUCUCGAAAGGGCCAUCUUCCCCUGCCGUUGUCGAUAUCGCAAUCCAACAUAAUGCAUCGUGUGUGCGCGGGAACCACGAAGAUCGUGUGCUUCUCACCCACCGUGAUCUUUCAAGCCAUCCUACCAAAAUCAGAGGUGAAAAGCCUCCCUUACCCGGUGUUCCGGCAGAUGCUGCAUUGCCCAACAUCGUCAACGACCAAUUAAAACUUAUAGACGAAGUUGCCCUUGACACAAGUAUUGAAGAGUUCUCACGCCUCGACAUCCGUGACCGAGCUACAGCCAGCCAGCUCAACAAGAAGCAAAUUCAGUAUCUCAGUAGUUGUCCCACCAUCCUCGACAUAGGCCAAGUGCCUGGUCUCGGCGACCUGCACGUCGUUCACGCCGGCUUGAUACCAAGCGUCCGUCUCGAGCAACAAGACCCCAUCAGCGUCAUGCACAUGCGAACCGUAGAUCUAGAAACGCACGUCCCUAGCGAGGACUCCAAAGGCACUCCAUGGCACAAGCUCUGGAAUAAGUAUCAAUCUCUCAUACCAGUUGAGAAACGCUCGACCGUGGUUUACGGGCAUGACUCGAAGAAGGGCUUGCAGAUCAAGAAAUGGAGUAAGGGUAUUGAUACAGGUUGUUUCAAAGGCGGGAGGCUCACCGCGAUAAUAUUCGAUGGACAUCCCACUGAGGAGCCAAGAACGGUCAGUGUGCCGUGUAAAGACUAUCGACAUCUAGAGAAGGAACUACUCCAGAGCGCUCGAGAGGAUGUGUCGGUAUAG